CAAAACCGCAUUUUACCCGUAAGGAAACGAAAGGGAUAAUAAUAAUGGAAUUUGUUGUACGAGUCUAGAAAAAUGUUAAUUUGUCGUUUUGAUUUGUUUAAUUAAUAAAAUAAUAUUACAUUGAUAACAAAAAACAAAAGGAUUCAUUCCUUUUUGUUUUUGUCAUCAGUAAUUUCAAAAACCCAUAUCGUUGGUAUUUAUUGGUCCCUGCUGUUUUCACAGAUAUUUAUGUACUGUUAUUAGAGGGAUCGAUCAGAAACAGUGAUGAGUGACGAAAGCGACAUUGAAGAUGAUCCUAAGCGUGAAAGCAUAAUUAUAUCAAGGGACAGUUCUAAUAAGCUUGCUCUUCCUCCAAAACAAGAUUUGGACGCAGUUAGUGAAGUGAGCGACCAGGAUGAUAAUAUUGAGCUUUCCAUCCACCAAGCAGCCAGAGAAGGAGCAAUUGAAAAGAUCAAAGAGGAGGCAAAAAAAUCUGGCAUUGAUUUUUUGAAAUAUGUUGACCAACUAAAUCCAGAAAACCAAGCUCCAAUUCAUUUAGCGGCCCGUUAUAACCGAACGGAAGUUAUCAAAUAUUUGGUAGAAGAAGGUGCAUGGAUUGACAUACCUGGAGAAGAUAAAAACACUCCCCUUCAUAUUGCAGUCAAAUAUGACUGCACCGAAGCCGCGAAAACUUUAAUUCGUCUCGGCGCAAACUGUACAUCCAAGAACUUCUAUGGUCAGACAGCUUUGCACUUCGCCUGUAGAAGAGGAAAUAGUGAAGUUUGUACUAUGCUUGUGUCCUAUGCAAAUAUCGAUGUGAAUGGCGUAGAUAACAGCACGGCAACUCCACUGCAUAUGGCUGUUGUCGGUGGCAACAAGAACGUAGUCACCAUAUUGUUACGUCAUAACGCGAGCAUCUAUGUUGUUGACGAUGAAGGACAGUAUCCUCUCCAUAUAGCAGCUUCUGAAGGACAAGCUGAACUCAUUCCAAUACUUUAUAAUGCAAGUAAGUUACGUUCAAAUACACAGCUUUGUCCCCAGGCUUAUUUUAGCGCUUUCUAA